AUGAGCGCCUGUAGAUUUUGGAGUGUUGCUGUUGCUUUGCUAGCCUUAUUGGCAGUGUGUGAGGCUCUGACCUUACCAAUCACGACCAAGGCAUAUUUUGGUGGUUCCUUCAGUACCAUCCAAGGAAAAACAGUCAAUAACAUUGGUUAUUAUGACUUAAAGACCAAGUUAUUUGAUUCCUUGGAAGGUGGUGCCAAUGGAAGAGUCGAUUGUAUUCACGUCGAUAUUUUUGGUUUUGUUUACAUUGGAGGAGCUUUUUCAUCGGUUGGAGGCGGAAACUCAUCCAUUUCCCUUACUGCCCCAAUUGCAUUCCACGGUUUGAACUUUUCUGCAACAAGCGUCAAAAAUGUUGAGACUGAUUCCAAAUGGCAAAGUGUUGUUAAUAACGGAGCGUACAUGAACAACGGGGCAAAUGUGGUUACUAUUGCUACCGACUAUAAAGUCGCCUCCAUUAACAGCAUGCUUGGUUCUAAUCUAAGAGAUGUUUAUGUGGGUGGUAGUUUCACUCUCUACCAAAACGGAGAAAACAGCAUUAGCAACCUUGCAAGAUGGUCCUACACCCAGAAGAAGUGGGUUCCAUUGGGUACUGAGUCUGUUACCCAAGUGACAAAGAUUGUUAAAAGCGAUUAUGCACUUUUCGACAGUAACAAAGUCUACGUAGCUGCACAUUUCUCUUCUGGUGCAUACUUUGGAGUGUAUGACGUCUCUACCAAUACUUGGACCUUCCCUACCAACGGACCAACUUCUACAGUGUACGAUAUCUAUUACAAUGUGAAUGCCUUGUCAACGGAUGAUGUUUUUGUCGUUGCUAGUACUUUUGGAACCUCUGGUUGUGUGGGUAUUUGCAACUACAAUCACAAGACAGGUGCUUGGUCUGCUGUUGCCUCCCUUCCAGAUCGUGUUGGUACUCGCUAUUUCUACUCGGUUGCGUACGUUAAAGGAUUCAGUACAACCAUGGGAACCAUUGUCUUGGGAGGAUCAAACCUUGAUGACAAGGUCAAUGUUUACAAAUCAAGUGGCAAAGGUGCUUUUGCUGCUCUCGGUGCUAACUCUUGGCCAGUGACCAACUCGGAAGUUAAGGCUGUGGGCACUUGUGGAAUUGAAAACACUUUUGCUGCCAUUACAAAGUGUACAGCUGGAUCUGUGUUUGCAGCAACUGGAAACAAUUUGGUCUUUUAUGACGCCUCUACAAACCAAUGGUCACUUGUUUUCAACACCUCAAACUCCCUUGAUACGAUCAAUGCCGUUAAAGUGUAUUUGGAUGCAUCAGCCUCCACUGCAUUCACUUCCAUUACUCUUGUAUUGAUUUUGGUGAUCGUGGCUUUAUUGCUCUAA